AAAAAGAACAAAGGGACACUUGGCGCUUCCGCAAAAGCAAUAUCUCGCGAAACAGAAGAAGGAACCAAUCGCUGUCCGACGAAGCAACCAGAAUCACAAAAAAUUUAUUUUAAUGGGGACUAACAUGAACUUCAAGAACUUUGAAAGCAACCUUUACGGCGGCGAAAAUAAACCGCCGGGGAUUAACCCGUUAACUAGACAGUCAUCAAUUUAUUCUCUAACCUUUGAUGAGUUUCAAAGCACCAUGGGUGGAAUAGGAAAAGAUUUCGGUUCCAUGAACAUGGAUGAGCUGUUGAAGAACAUUUGGAGUGCUGAAGAAACUCAAACAAUGUCUUCUUCCGGUGGCGCUGUAGAAGGAAAUGGAGGGUUACAUAGGCAAGGGUCUUUGACUCUGCCAAGAACACUUAGCCAGAAAACUGUUGAUGAAGUUUGGAAUGAUAUUUCAAGGGAGAAUUCGUUAAGGAAAGACGGUAUUGGAACUGGAGGCACUAAUAAUAUGCCACAAAGGCAGCAGACUUUAGGAGAGAUGACUUUGGAGGAGUUUUUGGUGAGGGCUGGUGUGGUAAGAGAAGAUGCUCAAUUGGCUGGGAAGUUUAACAAUGGGGGAUUCUUUGGUGGGAAUAAUACUGGUUUUGAAAUUGGGUUUCAACAAGGUGGUAAAGGUCCAAAUUUGAUGGGGAAUAGGAUUCCUGAAGGUGGUAAUAAUAUUGGUAUCCAGGCUUCCAAUUUGCCUUCCAAUGUUUCUGGAGUUAGAUCAAACCAACACCAGUUGGCUCAGCAGCAACAACAACUAAUUUUUCCUAAGCAAACUGGUGUAGUAGGGUAUGGAGCUCAGAUGCCUUUACAAAGUGGUGGUCAGUUGGAGAGUCCUGGAAUUCGGGGUGGCAAUCAUGGGAUUGGGGAUCAGGGAAUAAGUAAUGGUCUGAUUCAGGCUGGUGGAGGGGUGGGGAUGGUUGGUUUAGGAGGGCCACUCAGUGUUGUGACCAGAUCGCCUGGGAACCAGCUUUCAUUUGAUGGUAUUGGGAAGAGCAGUGGAGAUACUUCCUCAGUUUCCCCAGUUCCUUGUGUGUUUAAUGGAAGCUUCAGGGGUAGGAAAUACAGUGCGGUGGAAAAGGUUGUUGAGAGGAGGCAAAGGAGAAUGAUAAAGAACAGAGAAUCAGCGGCAAGAUCACGUGCUCGCAAGCAGGCUUAUACAAUGGAACUGGAAGCAGAGGUUGCGAAGCUAAAAGAGGUGAACCAAGUAUUGCGGAAGAAACAUGCAGAACUCCUGGAAAUGCAGAAAAAUCAGCAGGUCAUGGAGAGGAUGAACACGCAAGAAGCAGCUAAGAAGAGAUGUUUACGUAGAACUCAGACUGGUCCAUGGUGAACGUGGAAGGGCUUCAACUUCUGUUUCUUAGUUAAAAUUAUGCUCGGCAGGCGGUUGCACAAUGCACAUAGUUAGAUA